AUGCGCCUCAUUAACGUCAAUACCUACGAGAUCGAAGAGUUCUUUGGCUCUGAUAUUCCAAAUUACAUCGCCCUGUCCCAUACUUGGCUACCCCAAGAAGAGCCAUCGUUCCAGGACUGGUCGAACGCAAUCAUGACCGAGCUCAACAAGGUACUCGGCUAUGAAAAAAUCCACAACUUCAUUUGCAAAUCUCAAACUCUCGAUGGCACGUACUGCUGGGCGGAUACCGUGUGCAUCGACAAAUCGAGCAGUGCGGAGUUAUCCGAGGCCAUAAAUUCCAUGUACAAGAUAUACCGGAACUGUCAUCACUGUCUUGUUUACUUAGCGGAUGUCAAGGCUGAAACCAAGCACUCGAAAGAUGAAUACUCGCGUCUUGUCCAGUCGAGGUGGUUCACCCGCGGGUGGACCUUACAGGAGUUGAUCGCACCCGAAGACCUCGUAUUUUAUGACAAGAAUUGGAGGUACCUCGGGCUCAGGAAUAUCUACUUGGCUGCCAUUCAGCAAACUACAGGCAUCUCAACGGACGUGCUUGUAGGUACUACGAAUCUAAAAUCAUACAGCAUCGCAGAACGGAUGUCAUGGGCAUCAAAGCGAACGACAACGCGGGAGGAGGACUUGGCUUAUUGUCUGCUAGGUAUCCUUGAUAUCAACAUGCCAUUACUCUAUGGAGAAGGCGAGAAGGCUUUUCAGAGAUUACAAGAAGAGAUCAUCAAGAAGUAUGACGACGACAGUGUCUUUGUUUGGAGCUGUUCCUCGGCCUCCUCUAGCACUUACCGCGGCAUUCUAGCGAGGUCUCCAUCAGAGUUCGCGAACUCUAGAGGGAUAUCUUUCUUCGGAUCCAGAUACAGCGAGCCAUAUUCGAUGACGAACCAAGGACUUCGAGCUCAG